AUGUCAAAUACCAAUUAUCAAUUCCCACCAUCUUCACCAUUACAUGAUGCUGCAGAUGUACUUCAUAACAAAGAUCCAUUCGCUUUGGCCAAGAAGCCACAACCACUGGUAGAAGGUAAAGACGCCAGAUCAUCACGCGUUGUUGAAUUGCCUACUCCCAAUCCUUCGUCGUCAUUAUUCAGAUCCUCAUCACCAGCUAGAGAAGAAAUUGCUGCUAAUAGGAAUGAGUUUAUGUCAAACUGGCAAAACAAACCCCAUGAAAGCAAGUACAAGCAGCCAGCUGUUGCCAUCAAUAAAAACUUUAAUAUAUUGAAGUCGGACAAUUCAGUUUUACGUAUUCCUUUCUUAUCUAGCCAAUAUGAAUUUUCCAUUGGUAGAUCAUCCCAAACUUGUCAAUACAACCUAAAUGCCAAAGAUUCGUAUAUUUCUCGUACUCACGUUAAAAUCAAUUACAAUCCGCAACACAUGAUUAUCAACUGUAUUGGAUCAAAUGGAAUGGGUGUGGUUAUUCCCAAGACAUGUUUCGUUUAUGCCAAGCCGCAAAAUAAAAACGAGUAUAUUGUUGUUGAAAACACCAGUGGUCAACCAUUAUCAACAACUGCUUUAAAGAACAACUUAGAUUCAAUUAAAUUGACAGCUGAGUAUUCUCAAUUUUAUAUUCAUAAAGGAGAACUGGUAUCUUUACCUCGUCGAUUUGAAAAUGUCUUGUUGGAAAUUUCCAAACUGAUGGUGUUGUUGAAUCCAAAGGAUGUUGAAGAACCAUUGACUGAUAAUGAUGAAGAGCUAACUGAUGAUGAGGAAUUGGUUUUGAUCAAUAACAGUCAUGCUAAAAACAAAAGCACGACAGAUCACGACUUGACUCCGUUGAAUAAAAUUUUUAGCAGUUCAGUACCUCAGACACCGUCAAAACCGAAGAAUGAUUCAACGGCAAUGAUGGAAUCAUCUCCUCAACGAGGGGAAGAAGAAGAAGAAGCUAUGGAUAGUAGUAUUUUGGAUGAUGAUGACUAUCAAACUCCAAGUAAACAACAUCUGGUCAAAUUAAGACAACCACAACCAAGCAAAACAGUACAAUUCAAUAUUUACUCAAACAAUAAUGAGUCUUCACCUCAUAAACGCAGUUUGUCAAAUCCUCUGAAAAUGGUAUUGAGCGAUGUCACCAAUACCAAUACCUUCAGAAGAGCAUCAUCAGCAGAGCCACACAGUGAAAAACUGUCCUCAAUGACAAAUAAUUAUGAUCAAGGUAAGCAGAGAUCAGACGAGGACUCCAAAAGAUUCACUAAUGAAUCCCAGCCUCCAACAAAAAAGAGGAAGAGGACAUCCACUCGUCAACAAACUCCGGAACUUGAUAAUUCAGCAUUAUCAUUACCAAACUUGUCAGAAAUUGAAAAUAUUUUAGUUAAUCACUUGGCAUUUUCUCGAUUAAGUUCAACUCCAGCAUCAUUCUUGAAUACAAUUUCUGCAACAACUUCCAAACUCUCCCUUCUACAAAUUAGAUCAAUUUUACAUAAUUUGAAAUGUAUCGGAAUUAUUUAUCGUCAAGGGAAAGAUGCUGCUGGAAAACCAUUAGAAGAAGAGUAUUAUUAUAUGCCAGAACAAGAUGAUGAUCAAGGUAGACAAAGUUUGGUUUCUAAUGUUAAGGGCCAUGGUGGGUUAAGAUCAUGUAGACGGACUCAUAAGCAAUAUUACUGGAAGAAACCAGCACCUAUAAAGAAGUAG